AAACACGAAACGGGCUAGUUGCAGGGGAUAGUUGGUCAACAGCUUUCGUUUGAUGUACUAUUGACAACAAUGCACUGCGAUCUGGGAUAUUGUCUACUGUAUGCUUUAGCCGGUGUUGGAGCCUACGCUGCUUUCCUAUUUUUGUAUGAAUGUGGAAGAUCUCCGGUUAGAAUUUUGUGGAGUUUGAUUUUUCCGAACAAAGAUCCAUUAAGUGUUCGCUAUGGACCAUGGGCCGUAAUUACAGGAUCCUCGGAUGGAAUCGGAAAGGAGUAUGCCAUAAAUUUAGCCGGUAAAGGUAUGAAUGUGUUCCUUAUGGCACGAACGGAAUCUAAGUUGAAAGAAGUGGCCGAAGAAAUACGUUCACAAAGUUCAGUUGAAGUCAAAUGGUUGGCAGUGGAUUUCUCCAAGGGCCCCGAGAUUUACGACACCAUCCGAAGGGCACUAUCGGGACAUGUUGUUGGAAUAUUGGUGAACAACGUCGGCAUGGCUCAUCAGACCCCGAUGGAUUUCGAUCGACUACUGAAACAGGAUUUGCUGAAAUCUAUUUCCGUCAACGUGCAGGCUGCUGUGAUGAUGACGCAUAUGCUGCUUCCGGAGAUGAAACGACGACGUCGGGGGAUGAUUGUGAACAUGUCCUCUGCUGGUGGACUUUUUUCAAUGCCAUUCGGUUCGAUUUACGGUGCCUCGAAAGCGUUUCUGUGUAGUUUCUCAACCGCUCUCAGCGAGGAACUCCGGGGAACGGGAGUCGAAUGCCAGCUAGUGAUUCCGCUGUUUAUCCUAACGAAUCUAACCAAACACAUGAAAACGACUCUGUGGUGGUCUGCGCUUGCUUCCCGUGUCGAUCAUUUCACCAAAUUUGCCGUAUUCACGAUCGGGAGGACGGACCUCACUACCGGGUUUUGGACUCAUGGAUUGGAGCUUACCUUUCUGAGGCUGGUAACUUCACGAAUAGUUACAAGAGGAACGUACAUUGCGCUGGCGCCGGUUAGAAAUAAAUUGUAUGGUAAAACGUGAUUUACCUUUAUGUG